CGCAAGAAGAUCAUCAUCAACGUCAUGGACUCCUCAUCAUCAUCACAAGGGCUUCCAGUGGCUGGGAGGGUUAAAGAGUACUACCGUUAUCCAGCCUUAGAAGCUUUUCACAAAGGAUGUGUCCGCCGUUAUUUUGCGGACGCGCGUAUGGUGGAUGAUCCGUCGACGGAUUCUAUCGUGUCGUGGAGCCAAGACGGUUCGAGUUUCAUCUUUUGGGAUCAGGACAAGUUUUGCAGCGAUGUUCUUCCCAAGUUUGGGCUUAGCACGUCUCCAACUUUCUUUGGUCGCCUUAAAAACAUCUAUCGUUUUCGUAAGGUUGAGGUGUCUGAGCACUGCGAAUACGCACACGAUUACUUUGUGAGAGGCAAACCUGAGCUUACGGUGGAGAUUGAGAGGCAGUUCAAGGAAAGGGGUGCUCCGAUUAAGCUUGCAAAACUCUUUCGGUUUGUUGAAUGCCUUGGGAGCAUCGAGAAAUGCAUUGAUAUAUAUUGCAGAAGGUGAGCUAUUUGGUGGCUCAGGAGCGAUAAAGAGUUCACUUAUCUGGUGACAAAGGAGACAUUAGCUCAUAAAGGAGAGCUCUUGCCUUACACCAAUAUAUCUUCAGCUUUUGGCAGCAAUGGCUACAUUGUUUCACUUAAUUAGCAGCGAUGAUGUUAUUCCUUCCUAUGGCCAAAGCUUUGUAGGUAAAACACGUGUGUGUACAGAUUAUAAAUAUGGAAAGCAUAAACUCUUUCAUGGAAACAUACACCUAAAGUUGUUAAUGACUGGACAGAUGGCGAGACAGAAACCAA